GUUCCAGCCUCGCUGAGCCGACCGCCCUGCGAGCUUCCUCCCGCGGAAGCAUCCCCAGGCGCUGACCAUGUCUAUUAUGGACCACAGCCCCACCACGGGCGUGGUCACGGUCAUCGUCAUCCUCAUCGCCAUCGCGGCCCUGGGGGCCUUGAUCCUGGGCUGCUGGUGCUACCUGCGGCUGCAGCGCAUCAGCCAGUCGGAAGACGAGGAGAGCAUCGUGGGGGAUGGCGAGACCAAGGAGCCCUUCCUGCUGGUGCAGUACUCCGCCAAGGGACCGUGCGUGGAGAGGAAGGCCAAGCUGACCCCCAGCGGCCCAGAAGUCCAUGGCUGAGGCGGGAUGCCGAGGCCCCCAGGCCCGCUUGCAGCCAGCGUGGAGGCGCGGGCGGGGGCCACUGAGAGGCGGGGCUGACGCUUGCUGGCACGGCCUCGCCGGGCUUCGUCACCGCAUGCACGGACUCCCGACGUCCCGGCCGUCCUGAGCCAGGACCCGGUGGCCCCGGGCGUCCCCUCGGCCUCCUGGUGGGACUGCCCAUUGCAGGCAGUGGGCAGGCCUGACCUCGCCGGGGCUCUCGACCCCGUAGUGCUCUUGUUACUUGAAUGUUUAGCUGAGCCUGUUCCGGACGGAGCUACUUCUGUAACGCGGGGACUCACAACCCUCCGAAGUGUAAAUAGGCCCCGGAAGCAUGUGCUUAGAGCCUCGUUUGCUGAUUUUUAACGAUCCCGUGUAGAGCACGUGGGACCGACCGUAGCGAUGAUGAGCCGACGCAAGGCUCCGCCGGGGGCGGGGGCCUGGGACACGGGAGGGCCUGCGGUGCACGGCGCAGGGGUCUCCACACGGGCGUGUGCAGGCAGAGGAUGUGACCCGUCCGUUCUCAGCGUCGUGGCUCAGCAGCUGGGGUGCUGUGGGGAUUUCUGCUUGGCUGGCAACGGAUGGAGGAACCACACGCCCCUGCUUCGGUCGCCGGAGACCAGUUCCUGUUGAGAGCAGAGUUACUGCAAGGAGGCUGCUGCCGCUGGUGAGCCAGUGAAGGACGAGUCAGGGCAUGCGUCCCGAGGGCUGCCGGG